CUAUACAGCAAUUCCCCGAUACCGGCUGCUCUCCAGGGUCUUGCUGUCAGACUUUAAAAACUCAGUAUUGCAUAAUGCCGUCACAUUCUUACGGACGUAUAUUUAAAUAGAUUCUGUUUAAACAACAUAUGAUUGUAUAUGUAUAUAGUCUCGGUUGAUAAGCAUUACAACUUUAAAUUAUCAGUUUUUAAAUCGGACAUAUUUCAUUUGACCCGAUCUAUAUACCAGUUUGAUAAAUAUGGAAAAGGGAUCUCCAUACCCACAGCAGGCGCCUCAACAACAAUAUGGUCAGCCUCCACAACAGUAUGGUCAGCCUCCACAACAGUAUGGCCAGCCUCCACAACAGUAUGGUCAGCCUCCAAACCAGUACGGCCAGCCUCCACCAGCUUACGGUGGUGGGCAGCAGCAGCAGCAGUCGUCAACAGUGGUGGUUGGACAGCCACAGACUUUGGUGUUACAACAAACAUUCAGAGAUGCACCAGUACGUCUAACGUGUCCAUCAUGUAACGCAGAUAUAAUGACAGCAAUUUCAUUUGAAGUAGGAACGAUGGCUUGGGUAGUGGCUGGCUGUCUCUGUAUAUUUGGGUUAUGGCUCGGAUGUUGCCUGAUUCCUUUCUGUAUUGACGGCUGUAAGGAUGUUGUUCACACUUGUCCAAACUGUAACCACAUGGUUGGAAAGUUUAACAGAAUGUGAUAGAAAUUACUUUUUUAAAACCGCACCAGAGCAUGUUUAUAUAUAUAUAUAUAUAGAUAAUUAAGAAACAUUAUGUAACUGGGAUGUGUUUUUUCUGAAUUUAUUUAUAUAUGAUAUGAGUAAAAAUUCAAAUUUUGUAGACGUUUUCCUGUACAUAUAGUCUCUUUGCCUCUGAAUCUAACAUAUUAUGUUAUAAUGUACACGUUCUGUCUAAUGGGUCCAUCAAAUAUGUUAUAACAUAUAAUAAUUUUUGUAUUAUAUGUUGAUGUUUACUAUUCAUAAUUUCAUUGUACAACUUGAUAAUCAAUAUAAUUGCAAUGCAUCAGUGAUUCAAGCAGUAUAAAUAUACCACUGAAAGUUCAUCAUAUGAUUAGAUUCCGAGUAUUGAAAAAGACUGCAUUGAACUUUUAAAGACGCACCGAGCUUCUGUUGUCUGUAAUUGGUUGGUAGAUGUUUUGUCGAGUCACGUGUUGAUUGUUUUUUAACCAAAAGCCGUAGAACUAUAUACGGUAGCUUUAUUACUGGCAAUGUGAAGGUAUUCCUGUACGUUGUCAUGUGAACGACUUGUAAAAAUGACAAUGUAAUUUCUGAUAUUUAAUUAAAUGACGAACAUACAAUGGCAAUCUAAUUAGAAUUCAGAUCUAUCACAAUUCGCGUGCUCGUAUUAUAAGCUCAUAUGAAGAUAGCGAAAUCAGAAAUCUAUUUUUUAAUUAGAUUUAUACAAUAGUGCAUUUAUACUGUUUGUACAUUUGGGUUAUAUGAGAGAGAGAGAGAGAGAGAGAGAGAGAGAGAGAGAGAGAGAGAGAGAGCAUGAGCAUAAGAAUGCAAAAGCCGUUCAUAAGUUAAUAUGUGGAAACAUACAGCAUUUCAUGUUGAACCUGUUUGACCCUUUCGGGUUAUAUGUUUUUUUAAAGUUUUAAUCUACAUUUUGUCAUCCUGUUCUUAAGAGUCGAGAUAACACGAGAAGAUACCAUUGAAAAAAUACAACAACUUUAAAUAACUUGGGCAAUUUUCCAAAAUAAAAGGUUGACUACAAUGGAAUUUGUUCAACCGAUUCACAAAUUAUCAACUUUAAAAUGUAAAUGAAUAUUUAUAUUUAGACUUAAUCAUUGAAUAUAUAUGGUAUCCGUAUGUCCAUCGUUUAAAUGUAUUUUCUAAGCAUAAUUUAGGGCCGUUUUUUUUCUAUCUCAUUUUAUUUCUUUAUGUAUUAACUUUAUAAUAUAUGUAUGUUCUUAUGUGGUAGAAAAUGUUGUUUUAUUCAUUUUAUUAUUUACUUUUUAACCAUGUGUUAUAAUUUGGCAGAAAACAUAUCCCUUUUUAAGACUCUGGUUCAAUUUGUGACAAAACCUGUCCACUGCAUGAUCUAGCACAAAUUCGAAUGCAUGUAAAUUCGAAAUAAUUAUAUAUAAACUUAUUCAAACAGACAAUAAAAUUGAGAAUGGAAACGGGGAAUGUGUCAAAGAGACAACAACCCGACCAAAGAGCAGAAAACAGCCAAAGGCCACCAAUGGGUCGUCAACACAGCGAGAAAAUUCCGCACCUGGAGGCAGGCUUCAGCUGGCCCCUAAAUAAAAAUUUGUACUAGUUCAGAGAAAAUGGGCGUUACACUAGUCUCCGAAACAUAUAGAUGAACCAAAAUUAAAAAAAACAAAGGAGACUAACAAAGGUCAGAGGUUCCUGACUUGAGACAGGCGCAAAAAUGCGGCGAGGUUAAACAUGUUUUGUGAGAUUUCAACCCUACCCACAUACCUCUAGCCAAUGUAGGAUAAACCAACACAUAGCAAUACGCACAGUAAUACUCAAUUUAAAGAAAGUCCGAGUCCGAUAUAAGAAGAAACUAAGCAAAAUGACAAUGAUAACAUAAAUUAACAAAGGACUACUAGCAUGCAGUUGCUGACAUGCCAGCUCCAGACCCAAAUUAGACUUAUUGAAAGAUUAUGUCUUCAUUAUAUGAAAGUAUAUGUAACUAUUUCUGACUUUUUGUUAUAUUUUGUAAUAAAUAUAGAAUUCAA